AUUAGGAGACCAUUUUUGACAUUAUUGUCAUGUCAAUUAAGGGAAAGAAAAUCAGAUUAUCAUAUGAACACUGUCUAUUUAUAGUGUCUUUUCUCAAGGCUACAUAUAUCCUUUGAAAAGUAGACAUUGGUGAGGACAGACCACCUACCUGACAUGUUGUGGAUUACAUUUUUUGUAUUUUUCAGAAUGCUGAAAUCACUGGAAUAGCAUUAAUUUAGUAUUGAAACUGAAAAGUGUAUUUUUCAGUGGCAACACGUUGAGAGCCGUUGAAAUUUUUUAUUUUAAUUUUAAAUCUUUCGUUCGCUGAACUCCUCUUUCAUGAUCGACGAGUUCAGUACCACCUGUGACUAAUAACUCGUGCCAUCACUGCCUGUUGCUUCCGUGGCUCGGUUGAAGACCUAGUUGUUUUCAUUUAUGAAAAUGACAAAAAACUGCCUAAUUUCAUAGGCAUAAAUAACAUUAUCUAAAACUGCCUAAUUUCAUAGGCCAAAAUAACAUUAUCUUCAUUGGACAAAUGACAAUAGCAACGUCGUUUCAUCUGCCUACACGUAAAGAAGGAUGCGGAUCCGUUCCAACGUUCUGCAUAACUGAGAAAUGUUUCCGCAUAUUGAUCAUAUUUUCUCCACGAAUGUAGCCGCGUCCUCAAGAGAAGCCCACUUUAAGUUUUAACCACGACUAUGAUUAGCAAUAGUUGAUUCAGCAUCAAGAAAUUGUCCUUAGAAAGCGGUGGGUGGUUUUGGACAACGCUAAAUGACUGCUGAUGGACUCAUUGCUUGUGUUGACUGGGAUUGAGUCACUGGCAUCUCAGGAGGAACAUCGCACGGCGCGCUGACAGAUCUUGGUGAGACUGUGGUGAUAGUCAUUGCGAUGUCCACAAAGAAGGCAUCGUUGAAGGAUAAAGAUACUAAAAACGGAACAUCAAAAUAUGUGUUGGAGAGAUGCGCCUCGGUUAACGAGUAUUUUGAUAUUGCCUUCAAGGUGAUGCUGCUGGGAGACUCUGCGGUGGGGAAGACAUGUGUGCUCGUGCGCUUUAAAGACGGGGCCUUUUUGGGAGGCAACUUCAUAGCCACCGUGGGAAUAGACUUUAGGAAUAAGGUUGUGACGGUGGACAGCGUAAAAGUCAAACUCCAGAUCUGGGAUACUGCAGGACAGGAGAGAUUCCGCAGUGUCACACACGCCUACUACAGAGACGCACAGGCCCUCCUCCUGCUCUAUGACAUCACCAGCAAGUCAUCCUUUGACAACAUCAGGGCCUGGCUGACUGAAAUUCAUGAGUAUACUCAGAAGGAUGUGGUCAUCAUGUUGCUCGGCAACAAGACGGACAUGGCCGGAGAGAGGGUCAUCAAGCGUGAGGAGGGAGAGAAGCUGGCCAAGGAAUAUGGAGUCCCUUUCAUGGAGACCAGUGCCAAGACUGGAGUCAAUGUAGAGCUGGCCUUCCUGGCUGUAGCAAAGGAGUUGAAGCACAGAGCUGCCCAGCAGCCCAAUGAGCCCAAGUUCCAGAUCCACGACUACAUUGCGUCUGAGAAGCAGAAGUCUGGCUGCUGUGGUGGCUACAUGUAGCUAAAUCUCUCACCAAGUGUUAUACCACACCAGGCCACAGAGUGAGCGAGGGAGAGAGAGACACACACAUCUACAGAGAAAGGGAGAGAGAGGGAGAGAGAGAGAGAGA